AUGGCUCUCAUGGAGUUCUUUAACGCCAAGAAAGACAAGAUCGAUGACUUUGAGAGUCCUGAUGCGUUUGAAAAGGAGGACUGUUUGUCUUGUCGGGUCCUAGGCUCAACGGCCCUCGUAUCACUAGGGGGCUAUACCUACUUUUCUGGCAUGCAACAACUCAGAGCUCAGCGGAGGGUAAUCGAGCUCAGCAAGUCAAAAUACAAGUACGGUUCUCGUCAGCUCGGGAUUCUGACUUUAUCAGCUACACUGGUCAGCCUAGGCUUCUAUCGAAUGAUCAACUAA